GUCUGGCCAAGAAAUUUGUAUGUAACCUACCCGCAUGGUGUGUGUAUGCAGUAUGACGUUAGGGCUGAGUGUGUGGAUGUUGUGUUCAAGUGAACUUGUUUCCCUAUCAACCUGCAGAUGAUGUGGCGAUUCCAGCUCAAGUUAACCGGUAUGAGUGAGCAAAAGCACCGUUGAGGAAUUUGAUAACCGAAACAAGACCCCUGACACUAGUUCAUCCUUCUUCUUUCACUAUUGAUCACGACUGCAACACAAGCUGGUCAUUCUUGUCGACGACAAACACAACAUUGAUCUCUCUCAACCCCAUCCCAAAACUAGAACACCAAGGUCUCCGUCAAGUCACUGAACACAUUCCAUCAACAUGCCAGAACGCCGCGGGCGAGGACGAGGCUCAGACAGAGACCGCUACCACCACGAUGACGACUAUUCAGACCACUCCGACUACGACCGUCCCUCCCGAUCAACAACAGCACCUCCCAAGCGCCAUCGCUCCAUAAGCCGUCGGGCCCUGGACAGACUCAGUUCCACAUUUGGUAAUCUCGGCCUUAACAAAGAUAAAGAUGCACGACACAGGUCAACCGGCCGCCAUCGUGAUGGAGGACAUGGGGACGACUCCGACUACGACACUGACUAUAGCACCAACUACACCCACACCCACAACAACAACAACCACAACAAGAAACGAUCCUCCCGAUCACGACACCACUCCCCCGACCGCGAUCGCGGCAGCGGUACCCGUUCCUCCCGCUACCCGCCUCGAGCCAAUCUCAACCGUCAACGCUCCUACUCGUAUUCCCCCGAGCGAUACGAAAGUACUAGGCGCGGGAGAAGCAGCCACCGGAGCGGCACGGGAUACAGCGGCCGUGACCCACGUUCCAGGAGCCGAUGGGGACGGAGCAUCGACGCCGCGCUCGACGCCGCUGCCAUUGAGGCCAUCAGGGUGCGCAAGGAGCCUGGUCCGUGGACGGGCAGGAAAGGGUCAAGGGUGUUGACGGCGGCGAUGGCGGCGGCGGCGGUGGGGGCCGCGACGGAUCAUCGGAAGGCGAAUGGGGAUGGGAGGGAGGAUACCAAGGGGAAGAUCGGGAGUGCGUUGGGCGGGUUGGUGAUUAAUCGGAUGCUGAAUGGGCCGAAAAAGGAUUUGAAGAGGGACUUGAGGUAUUAGGUUGAGUGGUGGGGAAAGGGGGCCAGGGAGAUGGGGCGCAAUUAUGUUUUGGGGAAUGAAUGCGGGCUGGCAGGUGUCCAGUUCAUGAAGUCAUGACUGAUGAAAGGAUAUUGGGUUAGAAAUCAUGAUAAACUAGUACGAUGGUUCUUCGUGGACUCUGUAGAGAAGGGACAAAAAUAGACAAGCACUAACAGCUGCGCGCAGGUGGCGCAGACGGUGGGCAUGAUGAUGGAUCAGUGCACGAUUGGGCAGUUGAUCAGUGUUGUUCACAAUAGGACGAUAGUUCAUUUGAGGUUGCCUCCUUCGAUACCCUUUGGUUCAAAGAUUGGUGUGAAAGC